AAAUUGGGUGGUGCUGCGGGGGGGGUGGUGAGUGUUGGGCUUAAGCCAGCCUUGCCAGUAACGCCGGGGACCAGAAACCGGGGAUGGGCAGUUGUGUCACUCUGUCAAGAUGCCUGUUGUGGGCCCCACUCCACAUUAACAGCGUGGCCCACUGUUCACUGAGGGCUAAAAGGUUGGACAGUGAGACACUGGGCCAAGGAAGAUAGGUCACGACGGCACUCAACUGCCAUGGGAUGCAGGGAUGGGAAGGAGUGGCAUUGCUAGGGACAUAGCUGGUUUGGAAAGAAAAAUGGGGGCCCUGGGCAGUUGCCUGGAAGCUAGGGGCAGGGUCUAUGGGCGGGGCUCCUGGAAAUAAAGACUCUAAGGGGGCGGUGCAGCGAGGGGAGGGGCGGAAGUGACGUCGUGUGGGGCGGGUCCGGCCGGGCACAAUGGGCCAUGGAGUUCCCGUUCGAUGUGGACGCGUUAUUCCCGGAGCGGAUCACGGUGCUGGACCAGCACCUGAGGCCCCCAGCCCGCCGACCCGGAACCACAACGCCGGCCCGUGUUGAUCUGCAGCAGCAAAUUAUGACCAUUUUAGAUGAACUGGGCAAGGCUUCUGCCAAGGCCCAGAAUCUUUCCGCUCCCAUCACUAGUGCAUCAAGGAUGCAGAGUAACCGCCAUGUUGUUUAUAUUCUCAAAGACAGUUCGGCGCGACCGGCUGGCAAAGGAGCCAUUAUUGGUUUCAUCAAAGUUGGAUACAAGAAGCUCUUUGUAUUGGAUGAUCGUGAGGCUCAUAAUGAGGUAGAACCACUUUGCAUCCUGGACUUCUACAUCCAUGAGUCUGUGCAACGCCAUGGCCAUGGGCGAGAACUCUUCCAGUAUAUGUUGCAGAAGGAGCGAGUGGAACCACACCAAUUGGCCAUUGACCGACCCUCACCGAAGCUGCUGAAAUUCCUGAAUAAGCACUACAAUCUGGAGACCACGGUCCCACAGGUGAACAACUUUGUGAUCUUUGAAGGCUUCUUUGCCCAUCAACAUCCUCCAGCAAGGAAGCUGCCACCCAAGAGAGCAGAGGGAGACAUCAAGCCAUACUCCUCUAGUGACCGAGAAUUUCUGAAGGUGGCUGUGGAGCCUCCUUGGCCCCUAAACAGGGCCCCUCGCCGUGCCACACCUCCAGCCCACCCGCCCCCCCGCUCCAGCAGCCUGGGAAACUCACCAGAACGAGGUCCCCUCCGCCCCUUUGUGCCAGAGCAGGAGCUGCUGCGUUCCUUGCGCCUCUGCCCCCCACACCCUACUGCCCGCCUUCUGCUGGCUGCUGACCCUGGGGGUAGCCCAGCCCAACGUCGUCGCACCAGCUCCCUUCCCCGCUCUGAGGAGAGUCGAUACUGACAGACAGCUACCCUCUCCCCUCCCUGGGAGACCUGGGGUGGGCAGAGACACCCUCCCUGAGAACCCCAGACCCAUUCUUCCAUUGCAUCCUGUAGGACCCAGUGGAACCUGACAGAGCCCCUAAGAUUCCCUCUUUGACUUUCUUAGACAUUAGGGUUGUCAGGGACUCAAAUGGCCUAACACUUUCUAGCUUUUCUUACCACAAAAUCACCCCUUAUCUCCUAACUUGGGCUCUAAAUACCUUACCCACAGACAGCCUGAUCUGUUGCCAGACCCCUUGGUUGGGUGGCUCAUACAUUUAGAGAAGCACAUUCUUGGUUGCUGUCAAACCCUAGAACACCAUGGAAGGUCUAGGCGUCCUCUCCCAGGGAAACUUUAAGGAGUCUUAUCCAUGGGAUAAACCCCAUAUUGCCUCUAGUGUCUACUGGUGGCUCUAAUACUUGCCCUUUGAGCCUGAGAACGGCUGCCAGUGAGCAAGCUCUGCUUCAGAGCAGUCUAGUUAGGUAGGACAGGGACUUACCAGCUCCCCAAAGGGAUCUACUCAACAUUGCCAAACUCUUCAUUUCCACAUUUUGUGUAGGUGUCAGGGAACCCCAAACUGAUGUUGCUUUGGGGUUUCUAAAGGAGACUGGCUGACACCACCUUUUCCCCUAGAUCCAUUCUCUGAGGGAGCGUGUUGCUUGGGAAUAGAUCCAGAGUCUCAAGGAUCUGUUAGAUCCUGGAAUCCCCUCUUGCAUCCAUCCCUCCCUGGUAGCUAGAUGCUGAUAUAGUCCCAUCUUGUGAGAUUGUCGAGAUCAGAUAGGGGACCAUUCUUCCUCUGUCCUUCCUCUCUCGUUUACUCCAUAGCAAGGACGACCUUCCCUGCUCCAUGCCCAAGAUAUAGCUAGAUCCUUUCCCCCUCCCUACCCUCUGAAUGUAUGCUAGAUCAGGUGCCCCACUGUGUUUCCUGAAAUCCUUGGGAGCCGGAUCUCCUCCUCUCCCCUACUCACUCUUCCCUUUUCUUCUCCCUCUCAGUGUUGUCUCAAUAAAAUAUGAAUUCUUCUGUGUUUUCUAAAUUGACAUUUUCAAUGAAAAAAAAGAAUCACACACAAAAAAAGCUUGUCAGCCUCAUUUGUGCGUCACCCUUUAUUUUCCUGGGAUCUCAGGGCCUCCCUCUCAUUUCUUCAUUUCUGAGAUCUACGUAUCUUUUACCCAGGAGCCUCAAAGCUCCUGUAUCUGAUGUCUGCCUAUCCCCAUCUUCACUGUUAGUCCUUCUUCAGAUUCUGUCUCCUCUCAUGUAGGUCCUGAAUCCUUGUGCGUGAGCUCCUGCUACUCCCUCGUUCCUUCCAGGAACUUCCAGUUCUCCCCAGUGACUUCUACCCUUUACUCUGGGCCAGCCGUUGCUGAGAUGUCAAGGCUUGCCAUCACCUCUGUAUCCACUAAUUACCUCCUGCCUCCUGUAUUCCUCUUCCCAUUCUGAUUACCUGAUGUCUGCUCCACUAAACCCCUGGAUCUCUCUUAAGACAAACCCUUACUUCUGUGGAGAGUCUAACACAAUCUGUCACCCUAUUUACAGAGGCCCCCUUCCUUUUCCUCCGAAAUUCAAAAUUCAGCCUUGUCACUUCCUGUUUCCCUUUGGUCUAACGAAUCUUUUUGUUUUUGCUUUUUUUGUUUGUUUGUUUUUGAGACAGAGUCUCACUCACUCUGUCGCCAAGAUGGAGUGCAGUGGCACGAUCUUGGCUUACUGCAACCUCUGCCUCCCCAGUUCAAGAAAUCCUCCUGCCUCAGCCUCCGAGUAGCUGGGAUUACAGGAGUGUACAACUGCACCCAGCUAAUUUUUGUAUUUUUAGUAAAGAGGGGGUUUCACCCUGUUGGCCAGGCUCGAUCUCCUAAUUUUGGGAUCUGCCCACCUCAGCCUCCCAAAGUGCUGGGAUUACAGGCAUGAGCCACCACACCUGGCCUGGUCUAAGGAAUCUUAUACUUAAGGUAACCCUGUUUUCCAAACCAAACACCAGAGUACCUGAUCCAAGAAAUUUUUGACUACAUGUGAGUCUGUUCUUAUGACAUGAUUUGGAUCACAUCUAGCCAUAGAUUUAACACAUUACCUCAACUAGAAAGAACAGAGCAAUAAAUCAGAGGUGCUUCCGAAAAUCUUGGGUAUAAAAUGAACUCCCACCACCCUUUUCUGGGGCACAGCUUUGAUUAAAACCCCUUAGGAAUGAUAAUUACCACCUUCUUUUUGUUCCUAUGCUGUUCCUUUUACUCCUCUCCUCUGAUUCCUCCAUACCCACCCAUCUUUCAUCCAGUCUCCUCCCCAUCAUCUCCCAUUUCUUCUACAGGGGGACUCCCCCAGGGCUGGUAGCCCAAAGUUGCUGCUACAGCCGCCAUGGGGGGGUGACUUCCUCAUCCCCCAAUACAGGUAAGUAUUAACUUCUCCUUACUGUCAAAUCGAGUAGGCCACAUUCACUAUCUACUCCUGCCUUCCCAUUCAUAUGCCUGAUAUUUCCACAGGCAACCAAGACUCCAAGCAGGGAGAACAGGAAACAAAGAAUAGGUGAGGUCUAAACCCCUCCCCUAACAGCCUCCCACCACCGUCUGACUCCCUUCCUAACAUCACUCUCAACCACUUCCUACUCCAAAAUCUUAACAGUAUGAAAACACCAGCUCCUCCCACAAUUUCUUCUACCUUACAUCCUCCAAGCUCCUUUCCCUACAAGUUCAACUCUGUACUUCCCUUUGGAAUAAAGGUUCUCUGAGAGAUUUUGAAUUUGGACAUACCACUAAUGGUUCCAGCAUCAUACCCAUCAUGUGUCCUACAUUAAAACCUGGCCCGAGACCUUGAAGAGUCUGUAAUCUUAAUUUCCUCUUUAGUAGUCCUAUAGCUCACUCUCCAUCUCCGCACCUACCAGGUCUGCCAGUGAGGAGCAGGCCUUGUCGCAGGAUGGGUCUGCGGAGAAGCCUGUGCACACAGCUCCUCCACAGGCCCAGGCCCCAGCCCCACCAGCCCAGUCCUGGACAAUGGGUGGGGACAUAUUCAACGCCAGAUUCAUUCGAAACCUACAGGAACGACGCAGCACCAGGCCUUGGUGACCGCAGUCCCGUGUCACAUCUUCACAGUAUUAUUUCUCCCUCACUGCAGGAAAGAGCCAAAGCCCAACCCUCAUAAUAGAUGGAUUCAUUCAUUCAUUCAUUCAUUCAUUCAUUCAUUCAUUCAGCGGGCUUAUCAGCUUCAAGUCAUUUGUAUCUUUCUUUUAACCAGAGCAAUAAAAGUAUUUAUUUUUAUCACAA